CUAUGGGUUAUUUAUACUUAUUUCAAUUACUUACCAAUAAAACCUAUUUAAUUAUAUAUUUUUUUCAUUUUGAAGAAAUCAAUUGAUAUCAACUUAUUCGUUGAACUAAAUAAUACUCAAUCAAUUUAUAAUUCUUCAUCGAUCGUAUACAAUGGAUUAUCAAUUUCCAAAGGAUUUUAUGUUUGGCGUUUCAACUGCCGCAUAUCAAAUAGAAGGAGGCUGGAAUGAAGAUGGAAAAGGAGAAAAUAUUUGGGAUCAUUUAGUUCAUAAUAAUCCAAAAUCUAUAAUGGAUAAAACUAAUGGUGAUAUUGCCUGUGAUUCUUACCACAAGUAUAAAGAAGAUGUAGAACUUAUAAAAAAUUUAAAUUCGAAAUUUUAUCGUUUUUCUAUAUCAUGGGCUCGAAUAUCACCAACCGGAGAAAUGAAUAAAUUAAAUGAAAAAGGAAUAGCAUAUUAUAAUCGUCUUAUUGAUGAACUUAUUAAAAACGAUAUUGUUCCAUUGGUUACAAUUUAUCAUUGGGAUCUACCACAACACCUACAGGAUCUUGGAGGUUGGGUUAAUCCAAUUAUGUCAGAUUAUUUUAAAGAAUAUGCACGAGUGUUAUUUACUUACUACGGAGACAGAGUAAAAUGGUGGAUCACGAUUAAUGAACCAAUGGAAGUUUGUAAAGGUUAUUCCAUUAAAGUAGGUGCCCCAUUCUUAGACUUAAAUAACACUGGAUACUAUUUGGCAGCUCAUACACAACUUAUUGCACAUGGAAAAGCCUAUAGAUUAUAUGAAGAGAUUUUCAAACCUACUCAACAAGGAAAAAUAAGUAUUUCAAUAAAUGGAGUAUUUUACUUUCCAAAAAAUGCUGAGUCAAUUGAUGAUAUAAAUACUGCUGAAAGAGCCAAUCAAUUUGAGAGAGGGCUGUUCAGUCAUCCAAUUUAUAAAGGAGACUAUCCACCAAUAAUGAGAAAAUGGGUUGACAAAAAAAGUAAAGAAGAAGGUAGACCGUGGUCUAAAUUACCAACUUUUACAGAAGAUGAAAUUAAAUUAAUUAAAGGUACUGCUGAUUUUUAUGCUCUCAAUCAUUAUUCUUCUCGUUUAGUAACCCACGGAAUUGAUUCAAACAAUUAUAGUUGUAAUCCAGACGGAGAGUAUAUUACUUCUGUAGAUGAAUCGUGGGAAAAACCUUCAACUGCGCAAUGGCUUAUACCAGUACCUGAUGGAUUAAGACAACUUUUAAUAUGGUUAAAAAAUGAAUAUGGAAAUCCUCCUUUGAUUAUAACAGAAAAUGGAUUUGCGGACAAUGGUCAAUUAGAUGAUUUAGAUAGAAUUAACUACUUAACGGGCUAUUUAAAUGCUACGUUACAAGCAAUACAUGAAGAUAAAUGCAAUGUUAUAGGUUAUUCUAUAUGGUCAUUGUUAGAUAAUUUUGAAUGGAUGUAUGGUUUUUCAAUUCAUUUUGGACUUGUUAAGAUAGAUUUUAAUGAUCCUCAAAGAACUCGUACACCAAAAGCAUCAUAUGAGUUUUACAAGAAUUUGAUAUCAACUGGCCGAUUGACGUCUUAUAUUGAUAAUAAACGUUGAGCUGAAUUAUGAAAAAAAAAAUUCAAUUUAUAAGUGUAUCAAUUCAUCAAUUUUUAAUUAACAUAUUAUUUUCGGGCACUACUUUCUGUAACAACUUAUUAUUGGGUGUAUACAAUUAAUAUAAGAUAGUUAAUUAGCUUUUAGAUUCAUUUAAUUUAGAUUAUUAUUAAAUGAGGGAAACUAAUUAUAAAGUAUGAUAAACAUUUAGAUAUGUAAUAAUGUAUUUAUAUAUAAUUUUUGAAUGCACAUUUUUUGGAUUAUAUAAUCACCAGCAAAAAGAGUCUAAGAUUGUCU